AUGAGCGGAUCGUUAGGGCAUCGAAUAGACUAUAGUCAUACGGUGUUUGGCAGUGAUUGUGAAGCAGAUCUUAAAGAGUGUGGUACGCUGGAAGAUUGGAAUGAGAGGCCCGCCAGUGUUUGGGCCGUUGGAAGGAUAGGAUUGCUGCAAUCCAAGAUAGAAAAAUACAAAUACCUUAUAUACCACAACAAACGGUAUGGUAAACAUGACCUCUCGAAAGUGAUACCAGGGUCAGUGCUGAGACAGUAUGCAAAUGAGUCCUUUGGGUUUGAUGGUUGGAAGAUAGAUAUUUUGCGCGUAGAGGUUAGAGAAAGUGGCCGUAGGAGAAGCGAUGACUCUGAUGUGGAUUCCAAAUUCACGAUACUUGCGGAAGCCGAAGUCAUGGUUUCUCUGAAGGAUGGCACCAAUACGAAAUCUAGCGGCGUUGGCUGCGCAACAAUGGCAUCAAGAGGAGAAAGCUACGGGAAGGCCAAAAAAGAAGCUGUCAAUGAUGCGUUGAAAAAGGCAUUCCUGAGCUUCGAAAGAAUAAUUUUGGAACACGAGGUAAAAAUAGAUAAUAAGUACUACGUGGAUGGUCAAUAUGCAUCAAAACAAGGACAAAAAUAA